UGCUUGCAUGUCUACCUACUUGGCAUCAGCAACUAUAGGACCGUUCCCCUGAGUAUUCUUUACUCCCCCCUGCUUAUAUCUUCUCUCCCAAAGGAAAUCCGCGAAAAAAUUGGACCACAGCUUGGCAUCAAUAUCGACGAGAUAGAGUGCAGCAUGCUCAAUGGUGAUGCUGAAGAGGACGAUGGUGGCGCCAAUGCCUUCAUCAAUGAAAAUGCAGCCCCCGGAACUGUCGGUAGCAGCAAUGACCAUGACGAGAAUGAGAACAUUAAUGUGGAUGUGGAUUACAAUAAGGACGACACGGACUUCGAGCUCAACACGGGUGACCCAGGGGACAUUGACGGAGAUGAUUCGGUUGUCGUGGAGAAAGGCAAACCUGAGUCUGACCUCUACACACUAGGAAGAUUUUGGAAUUUUGUAGACUCGCUCGCAAGCGCCUGCAACGCUGCAAAGGAGCAAGCGAUGGAAGACAAGGGUCCAGCAUACGAGAAAGCAUAUAGCGACAUCCUUGUGCAGUAUCUACAACAGGAUCUUUCUGAUUUCCCUGGAAAUACCAAAGUUCCAACACUCCUCUCCACCAACCGCCCCCAGUGGCAACUGACUAUUCAGAACAAACUCCUUUGGGCCCAUGCUUAA